CCGGGACAAGAGCAAGCUGACGAAUACAGCAGAAGACGAGGCGUGUGAAUGCGAUCUCGUCAUUCCACUCGAUCGACUCAAUCAACCCGCCACGCUCAACGUUCUCUUACUGUGGUCCUCCGACGCCUUGGCCGCCAUCGAAGCGCGAAUGCGUCCGUUCCUGUCAAAGGCGAAGCAGGGGAGCGAUCAUCAUGUUGCCGUGGUGGUUGACAACAAAGAGGACUCAAUGCAUACCUUUCAGAUGCUCUCAUCCCUACAAAGCCGAAUGCUGGAUAUUUCACCUAUCCCCACUCUCACUGCGCUGUCAAUCGAAAGCGUCGUGCCUACGAUUGAACGCUUUAUUCAAGAGCUGCACAAGAAAUACGAGUUCAAAGCACCGCCGAUGCCGAUGCCUACCGCCUUGGUCGCUCAUGCCAGCAUCUCCGCACCCGGUCAUCCCCUCUCCCAACACGAUGCCAAUGUCUUGACCGACCUUUGUCAUUCCAUCCGAGAUUUGGAGGAAGCUACGAGGACAAGCAACAGGAGGGAGCAAUUGGCAGAGUAUCUAGGACCAGUUGUCACAAAGAGCCUCGUUGAUUUCUGGGAGGAUGAGUGGAUCAUCUGA